GCCUCCCACUGAGACCGACACACACGACAUAAGUUCAGCGCAGGGCGAGACCAGAUCUCUACACUGAGGAAUAUUCUUCAACUCAUCUUUUCGGAGUAAAUUGAAGAUCUGAGCAGCGCAGUGGAAGAUGUCGUGCCUCAAGUGUCUGAAGUACAUCAUGUGUGUGGUGAACUUCAUCUUUUUUAUCUGCGGAGCUGCGAUCUUCGGAAUGGGGAUCUAUUUAAUGACGUUCUCUAGGCUUUCUUUACUGCCCAGCCUUCAGGCUAUGAGCAUCGCCAACACACUCUUCAUCACUGGCAUCAUCAUCACCUGCGUCUCCUUCCUCGGCUUUCUUGGAGCCCUGAAGGAAAAUCGCUGCCUGCUAAUAUCUUUCUUCAUCCUGCUCUUCAUUCUGAUGCUGGCUGAGUUGGCUGCUGCCUGUUUGAUGCUCAUGUAUGAGUCAAAGAUUGAGAGCUUUAUUACAACUGACCUUGAAGCAGGGUUAAAACAAUCCAUAGAAAACAGAAAACAACACAACACAACUGAUGACUGGGACAAGGUCCAAGAGACUUUUAAAUGCUGUGGAAUCCAAAAUGCUACAGACUGGAAAGGUUCUGUGCCACAAUCAUGCAACAUCUCUGGAACAUCCUACUGGCAUAAGGGCUGUUUCAAAUCGCUGAAGGACUCGUUUGAAGCAAAUCUCUUGAGCACGGGGAUUGGCGUCAUUAUUGUCUGCAUUAUUGAGGUCUUGGGUAUGUGCUUCUCCAUGACCCUGUUCUGCCACAUAAAUCGAUCUGGGUUAGGAUACAAAUAAUAUCCACUUCUGUAGGAUUUCUUCUAUAUCUGGUGUUCUUAUUAACAAGUGUCCUCCAAAUGGCUUUAAACAACAGGCUGGUUCUUGUUAUGUUUGCAAUUUCUGCUCCACUAAGAAACGAUUUGCUAUAAUUAUUGUACAUGUAUCAUUACUUCAGAUAUUUCUUACUUUUAUUUAAUCAACUUCAUCACACAAGGGAGUUGCAAGACUUUUAUGUUAGAGAAACUAUAACAACUGAGCUGAUCUUAAAAUAUACAUCUUAGCAGUAUUAUUUUAACUCUGGCCAUCUCUUGUCUAAAUGGAAACUUCCUGGGGGGUUUUAACACUGAAUUCACCCAGCUGUAUUUAAAAGGCAGGUCACUUAAAAGGUUGUUUUUGUUAUCUUUAAAGCGAUUAACUCAAUAUUUACACUCUAUUAAACAGCUCUUUUUUUGUCAUAUAAGAAACCGUUGAGUUUGACCUAGUAUGUUAACAUGUUACAAAGGCUAUAAUUGUUAUUGUGGGCUGAACAAUGCAUUUGCUUCUGAUCGCUUCCUCUUCUGACGUGCUGUAGCAAUGACUAAAUUCUUGUCAUUCUGAUUUCCCAGAAUAUGUACAGAGUGGAAACCACAGGCUGUCUUUCACUGAGCGCGCAAACCAGCUGUGUUGCCUAUAAACAGUAUAAUACGGUUCUUCUUUUCUUUACUCUUCAGAUGAAUGUAAAUUAAAUAAAAAUCUAACGACAAUGUUUUCUUUCCUUUUUUAAACCAUUAAUGCUAGUGCUAAGCUUGUGGGUGACAGAGGAAGUCCCACCAGGUCAUCACUUCCUCAUGCUGGCCACAUAACUGCACAUAUAAUAAACGGGUUUCACUGAUGA